CUGCUUUUUGGUCUUGCUGUUUGCUGUAGGUCUUAUCAUCUUACCCAGUGGUGCCUGGGAGCACUUUGAUAACAGCAGUGACCACGUGCAUGAACUGGCUGAUGGCCAGUUGCCAGGGCAUCACUGCUGUUCCUGUGCUGCUGUGCUGGACAGCCUGGAGCUCCAGUGUCAAUUUGAGUAGAAAGGACUUGAAUUGUGGGUAAAUCCAUGUGGGAGCAGGACAUCCCAAAGUGUCUGUGGCUGUGGGUAAAUCCAUGUCAGAGCAGAACCAUCUGUUGCUGCAGAUACGUCCACACCACAGCAGGUAUACCCCUGAAGGGACUGCAGCCCAAGAGUAAGUCCACAUGGGAGAAAGUACACCUUGAAGUAUCUGUGGCCAUGGAUAAGUCCACAACACAGCAGGUACACACCCCUGAAGGGACUGUGGCCCAUGAGUAGGUCCACACUGGAUCAAAUCCACCCCUAAGGGACUGGGGUCUGUUGGUAAGCUCAUGCUGGAGCAGAGGCAAGGAAAGUACACUGUGGUGUCCAAAGAGAUCAGAAGCAGAGAUUGUGAUGGAUAUAACUUUAAAUUGUUGUAAUCUAUGAUUCCAGUUACAUAUUAUGGGAUUAUUAUAGCAGGAACCACUACCAGUGGAGGACCAGUCUUACAAGAGGCAGUGCAAGUGCAGCAGUGACCCAGCCUGAGCUGGCCAAGUAACUCCACACAACACACCACCUCUCCUGUCCUGAGCGACCACUGUAACAGACAGAACUCAAGUCAUGGACUAAUGAACUCAUGAGACAUUUCACAGACAUUUACAGGGGUGGGACAUCAGCUAAUGAUACCUGUGUAUAUAUAUCAAAGGAUGGAAAGGGGGAAAGGGGCUACUGAGGAUCUAUUGGAUAGUGUGGGGCCUGAGCAUGAUGUAAAUGGUAUGGAAUAAGGAGUGAAGAAUGCACUUGUUUUGGCUGGGAUAGAGUUCAUUUUCUUCAUAGUAGCUAGUACGGUGCUUUGGUUUGGGUUUAUGAUGAAAACACUGAUGAUAAAACACUAAUGAUUGUGCUUCCUGGUGUGGUACAGGCAAUGCCUGCAGCAUGACAGAGGAGGAAGGAUGAGCACUCUCACUGUUGGCUAGGCAAGAACUUCUGAAAUGGAAUGGAUGGGGUUAUAAUGACUCCAAAUUCAUCUUCAACAAGAAGGGUCAAGCAGAAUUCACAGGAAAAAGGUACAGAUUAGGUGGUAUGGUAUUACCAACUUUUAAGGAAUGGAUGGAAAAAACCUUUGGAGCCAGUCUGGAUCACAAAACUACCUCUAGAGCAACCUUAAAUGUUAAUGAUGUACCUCCAUCCAUUGUAAAAGAAGAAUUUCUUCAGGAUCUUAGAGCCACUAAAAUCUCAUACUCACAGGAUGCAGAAGAUAGGGUAUUCAGAGCUCAUGGUCACUGCCUACAUGAGAUAUUUAUACUCAGGGAAGGAAUGUUUAAGCGAGUUCCUGAUAUAGUUGUAUGGCCUGUUUGCCAUGAAGAUGUAGUUAAAAUUGUGGAAUUAGCCUGCAAACACAAUCUCUGCAUAAUACCAUUUGGCGGAGGGACGAGUGUAUCUAGUGCCCUUGAAUGUCCUGAAGAAGAAAAAAGAACAAUUGUCUCGCUGGAUACAUCACAAAUGAAUCGGAUUCUCUGGAUAGAUGAGAAAAACUUAACAGCUUGUGUGGAAGCUGGCAUUGUUGGUCAAGAUCUGGAAAACCAGCUUGCUGAAAGUGGCUUCUGUACAGGCCAUGAACCAGACUCCAUGGAGUUCAGCUCACUAGGAGGAUGGGUAGCAACACGAGCAUCAGGCAUGAAAAAAACCAUCUAUGGAAACAUUGAAGAUAUGGUGAUUCACAUAAAAAUGGUAACUCCCAGAGGAAUAGUAGAGAAAAACUGCCAAGUACCUCGCAUGUCAACAGGACCUGAUAUCCAUCACUUCAUUAUGGGAUCUGAAGGGACUCUUGGAGUGGUUACUGAAGUUACGAUAAAGAUUCGCCCAGUCCCUGAAUACCAGAAGUAUGGCUCUGUGGUCUUCCCUAACUUUGAACGAGGGGUGGCCUGCUUAAGGGAAGUGGCAAAGCAGAGAUGUGCUCCUGCAUCAAUUCGCCUUGUUGACAAUGCACAAUUUCAGUUUGGUCAUGCUCUUAAACCACAAGUUGCUUCCAUUUUUACAUCAUUUUUGGAUGGACUGAAAAAAUUCUACAUCACAAAGUUUAAAGGAUUUGAUCCCAACAUACUGUGUGUAGCUACCUUACUCUUUGAAGGUGACAGAGAGAAAGUUCUUCAGCAUGAAAAGCAAGUCUAUGAUAUUGCCACCAAGUUUGGUGGCUUGGCAGCAGGAGAAGAUAAUGGACAGAGAGGAUAUAUGCUGACAUUUGUCAUCGCUUACCUUCGGGACCUUGGCCUGGAUUACUAUGUAAUAGGAGAAUCAUUUGAGACAUCUGUUCCUUGGGACAGGGUUUUGGACCUUUGUAGGAAUGUAAAAGAAAGGAUAGUAAGAGAAUGCAAAGAAAAGGGCGUUCAGUUUGCUCCUCUUUCCACCUGCAGGGUGACACAGACUUACGAUGCAGGUGCAUGUGUCUACUUCUACUUUGCCUUUAACUACAGAGGAAUUAGUGAUCCUAUUCAUGUCUAUGAACAAAUUGAGAGGGCUGCUAGAGAAGAAAUACUUGCCAAUGGGGGUAGUCUGUCACAUCACCAUGGAGUAGGCAAAUUGCGGAAGCGCUGGAUGAAGGAGAGCAUCUCUGAUGUUGGCCUGGGAAUGCUGAGAUCUGUUAAAGAAUAUGUGGACCCCAAUAACAUCUUUGGAAACAAAAAUCUUUUAUAAAGCCCUGCACAACAUGAUGUACUAAAACUUCUUCGAAAUUACUGUUGAAAAUCCUCCACUUUCAUUGUACUGAUAUCCCAGUAAUCAAAUAUAACAUAGACUAAACUUUAAAAACUAGUGACUUUGAUAUUUUAUUUUUUUUUUUGCUACCUUAUUCCCCUCCCCCCAAUAAAGUGUAAUCAUCACUGUUAAUGUUUACGGAUUUUUACUUACCGUGCUCUUACACUUUGUGCCCAGUGGGUUGUUUAAGAGUUAUUACCAAGCAGGAAAUGCAAACUUGGUUUUCCAAGUUUGGUUAGGCAACACAGUUGACAGUAGUUUCAAUGCUGGAUACUGCCAGAUGUUUCUUACUAAAGCCUCCCCUGCAAGGAGAACAAAGACUAACAACAGUAUUUUCUACAAAAGCAGCUGCUCAGCCCAGCCUCUUGCUAAAGGAAAGCUGCUAAAGAGACAGAUGAGAAAACACCAAGGAGUACUUCACUGUACUGGAGGAUUAAAUGUGUGACAGGCUUGUAACCACCCAACACUUUAAGUACAAAUGUAGGCUUUGAUAAAAAAAAGACUAUGUAAGUCAAAAUAUGUCUAAAAACUCAGUCUCUCACUGUAGUCCUAUUGGGAAAUCUUACACAAUUGAGCUGUUCUGAGUUGUAUUUGCAUUGCUGGGAUAAUCUUAAAUUAAUUGUAGGUCAGUCACUAAGUUUUGUACAAUGGACGUUUCUCACUGUAUGUUGAAAACAGGUCUGUAACAAAACUUUGUGUUCAUCUGUACUUCAGUCCUAGUGUGUAUGGGGUUUGCUCCUGUUUAUUUUGCAGAAAUGCAAAAUAAUCUUUUUCAGUUAAAAAUAAUGUUUUGGCUAUUCAAAUGAAACUGCCCAGCACUGUCUUUUGAAACAGUCUUAAGAGUUUAAUAAAACAUUUAAGUGGACAAUAUACUGUCACCCUGGAAGUGAGAUUUCCCUUUUUAGUUUUGUACACUUUCGUAUGGCCUUUAUGAAUCGUUCACUUCACAAGUAGCCACAAUUUUAAUUGUCCAUUAAACUUUAAGAAAACGAAAAUUUUUUGAGCAGUAUUGUGUAAGAGUACGCAUUUUUACACUGAAACUUGAAUGUUAAUCAGUAAAACUAAAAGUAUUUAUCAAUACUCAUGAUCCAUUUUUAAGGUGGGUUCUUUUCUUAAAUUAUCCAACUUUUUGAUAAUUAAUGUAUAUGACUGCAGAGGAUGGAAAAAAUACAGACUACCCUCUCUGUAGGCAACUGCUUCACAGGUAUAGUGUCAGUUUGGACACCUUUUGUAUUGGUAGUGCCCUUAAUGAGGAGAAGAAAUGAAAUUGCAUUUUGUUUUUAAACUCUUUUAGAAUACUGUCUAAUUAGUUUUGGUAAUAUACUAAAAAGAGUAUAAAAUGCUUGAAAAAUACUGCAUAUCAGACAACUUUGCACUUGUUUAAAACCAAUUUCAAUGCUACAAUUUAAAUUAUCAAAAAAUGUGAACACUCAAAACCACUUUAAAAUGGAUGCUCUCAAGGUACAUAAGGGAAAAGUUUAUGAUCCAGAAGUCACGAAACAGAAUAUUAAUGUUAUAUUUGCAGUGCAGCUGGAUUUAUUUCCAAUGGGUUUUGCUUCACAACAUUUCAACAUAAAAAUCUAUUAUUUUCUAUUUUUGCUUCUGGCCCCCAGAGUUCAUAUUUUGGCAGCAACGAGAACAAUACAGGAGUAGUCUGGUUUAGGAAGCUGAGUCUUUGCACUGUGGUUAAGUGUUCCUUACGUACACAACGGUGUCUCAGCAAAGUUUAUGCAAGGGACUUCUUUAUUUUGCAUGCUGCAUUAUGGUGACUACAUGGCCACAGCUGGUGUCUUGCUGAUGACUUGUAUUGCUCUGACACAAGAGACCUUUCUAGCAGUUGGUAAAUAUAAAAGGUAUUUAUGUGCCUCAGUGAAAGUAUAUGUCUAUGAUGAAGAAUCAAUUUUGACAGAAAGUGUGUGAAGCCUUUUUGCAGAAUGACAGCACAAACAGAACUAAACCAAGUAGUCGCAGCUCAGUAAUACCAGUCUCUUAUGAUUUUGACAUAAGUACAACACAACUCAAUUUUCUAACUAUGGUUUCCUUACUCCUUUUCUGUAUGUAAAGAUACAUGGGCAAAACCGCUUAUACUCUCUAUUUCUAAUCUUUAAGUAGCUACUGGCUUCUGGAGUGAUUUAAAAUGCAGUAAAGAUUUUUACUGCAUGUCAGUUGUCCUAUGGGAAGGUGAAAUAUCAGGCUGUAAGGGUCCCAAAGCAAUGUCACUGGAUAGCUCUGAGGAAAAGAUUAACUACAACUGUAAUGGCUAUUUUCUUUUUUUUUUUUUUCUAAUGGCCACUCUACUGUUGUCUUGCUGAAUAUUUUUCUAUCUUACACACCGGUCAGAGCUUGUUGAAAUGCAUGUAUUGUUGACUUGUCUUUAACUUCACAUUUAAAUUUAUAAUCAAAGUAGAGGAAAGCGUCAAGUUUAGGAGACCUGGAAACGCAUCAUUACUAGUCUUCCACUACUCUUCCUUGUGUAUUCUCUAUCUCUUUCUAAAGAUUUCACUUCCCUUAGCUGCAGCCUGUUCAGAGGUGGAGUUUGAUCCAUGCAGAUCAGAAGCGUAUCUUGGCAUAACACAUCACUUUUUCAUUCAUUCGACUGUUUUGGCUGUAUGUGAGUUGCAAGCAGUUUUAAUUAGUCUUCUCAUGACUUCCAAUUACUCAUUUACUCAUGAAUUCCAAUUCUGCUUUCUUUGAAGAGGGAAAGGUGCAGAGUGAGUAUGCUUUGACUGGGCAAUGUAUUUAAGUUGGAGAGACCUUUAUAAUUUUGAGGGGGAAGAAGAAAAUCUGUUAGAAAUUGGUCCAGGGUCUAAAUCUUACAGUCAAAGAAAAACAUGACUCUUCUUGCAUAACUUACAGUAUAUUUCUGAGUUAGAGAUGUCAUCUUUGCCUUACAGCUGUGAACAAAGGCCAGGCCAAAUAGUUCUUCCAUAGCAAUGUUAAUUAAGUGAAACAAAUUUCAAAGGCAGCGAUACAUUAGCACUGAAAUCCAGAAAACACAAUUUGCUUCUCAAUCCUGGAAAUGUUUGUUUACCAAGGUAACUUAACUUUCUGCAAA